GAAUUAAAAGCCUGGACAAUGGAGUCAAUGUUCUCUGAACUAACCCUGGACUGUUUGGAGGGCAGAGGUUUUCUGAUAUUUCUGUUUGUUUUUCUGUUGUUGGCUGAGGUUUUGAAGAACAGAGUUCCGAAAACAUAUCCUCCUGGUCCCUGGCCUCUUCCAUUUCUUGGAGACCUGCUUCGCAUAAAACCUCGAGAAAUUCAUCUGCAGUUCACAGAGUUUGCAGAGAAAUAUGGGAACAUUUUCAGUGUUCACCUCUUUGGAGAAAGGGUUGUGGUCAUUAAUGGGUACAAACUUGUGAGAGAAGCCUUGGUGGAGAAAGGAGAUGACUAUGUAGAUCGCCCCAGCAUCCCACUCUUUAUGGACACAGUUGGGAACAGAGGUAUUGUGGCAUCAAAUGGUUUCCUGUGGAAACGGCAAAGGAGAUUUGCUGUACAUUCUGGAGAACGCUUUGAGUACAGCGACAAACAACACAAAUCUAUUCUAGCUAACGUCAGUGAAUUAAUUUACCUCGAAGGAGGUUCGUGGGCGCAGAUUUACAAUGUGCUGCCCUGGCUGAUGAAAUGGCUACCUGGCCAACACCAGAAGAUUUUCACUCUGACACGAGAGCUGCUGGAUCAUAUACGUCUCAAGAUCAACAAACACAAAGAAAAUUAUGAUCUGUCAUCUCCAAGAGAUUACAUCGACUGCUUCCUAAAAUAAAUGGGAGAGGAAGAAGAUGAAGAGUCUGGUUUUGAUCUCACAAAUUUGUGUGUUAGUACUUUGGACCUGUUUGCUGCUGGAACUGAGACUACUGCCACAUCUUUACUCUGGGGACUGCUGUACAUGAUCUACUACCCUCACAUACAAGGUUGCCCUCUGUUCCCUGCUGCUUGUCACCAAUCCAAUGACCGUGGCUACCUGACAGUGGAACCAGGUCCAGUUUUUCUCAUAGGCUCCAACCUCACAGUUUACUGUCAUCACACAGAAAGAAUAUGUCAAUGGAGCACACUGUAUCUGGAGCUGAAUGGUCAGACUGUGGAUUCUGGUAGUAAAGUCAACUGCACCACAAAAUUCAAACUGCACAAUGUCAAGUGGCCAAAGUUGAACGUGCUCUGCAAGCUGAGGAACACCCACAAUGUUGUCAAUGGACUCUCCCUCCAAAGUGGAUUGCCACCUCAGAAGCCCAAAAACAUUACGUGUAAAACAUCAAAAUUGUCAGAUUUCCUACACUGCUCAUGGAACAGAGGACAGCAAACACACCUCCCCACUACUUACAACAUUUCCAUCAGCAGAGAAAAUGGGAGUCAGAUACAUUUAGCUUGCAUCCAGGAUGCUGGAGAAUUCACCGUGCCACGAGCAAUUCUCGACGAAAACGCAAAGUACCACAUGGUCAUCGUUGCUCACAACCAGCUCGGACAGUCUCCGUCUGAUCCAUUCGUCUUCUGCGUAAAAGAUCACGUGGUACCGGAGACCCCGCAUAUCAUACAGAUAAAGUUUGGGAAUCACUCCACAGCUUUACUGAAGUGGAACAGCUCUGACUCCACAGAACAUCUCAGAACGUACAUCAGGCUCCAGACAGGCAUUGGCUCCUGGGAGGAGAGGGAGGGACGAGAGCUCAGUGAGAGGCUGGUAAGAGUGGACGACCUCGAGCCUCUGAAAGAAUAUGAGUUCCAGAUGAGAGCGUGCUACAAAACACCGAAGCUGACACCAACCAAAGCACCCUGCUGUGCACUCUCCAAGUCACUCUGCAGCAAAUGGAGCACCUCUAUAAUUUCGAGAAGUCCUGGAAAAGGACCAUCUCAGCAGCUGCAUGUCUGGAGAAAAAUUGAGAGGCAGCAGAAAAAUGAGUUUCAGAUGGUGACUGUUUUCUGGAAGCUUCCGCCUGUAGAGGAUUACAGUGGAGAGGUGGAAAAGUACAAGAUCUUCCUGAGCGACAAUCAGAACCAGGGAGUGAGCUUCCCGGCUAAUCGGAGUCAGUGUUUACUUCGUGUGCCGCCGUGGAUUCAGGUGCUGAGAGUCGGCGUUGUCACCUCAUGUGGGAAGUCUCCUCCAGCUGAUGUGUACCUCAAACAUUCAGGUGCUUGUGGACCUGUUCUCAGAGGGUUGGCUCCUGCAGAUGAUGGCAAAGUGGUGACUGUGUCGUGGUUGUGGCCUCCUGCUGAACACUGGCUACCAUCAGGGGAACUGUUGUAUUAUGUACUAGAAUGGACAAGUGGACCUGCAGCAGGCCUAAACUGGACCAGAGUGGCCAAAGAGGAAAGAAACAUAUUUAUCACAGGGCUUAAAAAAGGAGUGAGGUACAACGUCUCCCUCUACGCUGUAACGACCAGAGGUGUGAGUGCGCCAUCAUCUGGCCUGGUGUACUGCCAACAAGAAAAACCUACAUCUGGCCCCAGCGUAUCGGUACUAGUCCAUGAGGCGCGACGGAUUUUGAUCCAGUGGAACGAGCUGGCGGUCGACCAGCGAAAAGGCUUCAUCACAAACUACACCAUCUACCUGAGGAUGCUGCACUCCAGUUCCACAGAAAUCAGCGUGACCGUGGCUGCUUCUGGACCCAGAAAGAUGUGGCUGGACACUCCUGGAGGACCACUGGCCCUCAAGAUGACUGCAUCCACCUCAGCAGGAGAAGGACCAUCAGGGAACCUGAUCUCCUCUCAGCCUGCGCCCCCUACAGUUGGCCUCCUGAUUGUCAUACUUUUCAUCAUUACCUUCUUCAUUGCAAUUAUAGCCAACCUGCUGUGCUGGAAAUGUGUGAGGAAAAGGAUCAAAGAGAAAUGUCGAGAAUGGGGACCUGCCUGUCUGUCUGAAAACCUAAAAUUAGAAAACAGCAUCGCCGUCAAACUACUAGAGGACAGCACGGCAGAGCCAACCUUCUGGGUUAUCCACAGUGACCCUUCACUGUCCCUUAUUGAGGAGAUCUCUGAGGAGCAGAGGGAGGACAUGUACCCCGUCGUACACACACAAGCCGUUCCACUUGGAUCAGGACAGCUCACAGACGAGACGACGGGGGUAGUGUGCACUCCUGAGACGCUUCUUUCCCACAGAUCGCUGGAACAUGUUUGUUACAAACCUCACACCUGUGCAUUACUGCUGUAUGAAGAGGAGUCCAAAGAGAUGGAGGAGGAGCAGGGGGAUGUACCAGCGGGUGACCAGGAUGGCAGAUGCAUGUUUGAAGGAAAAUUGCAUGGCUUACUGUGCAGCGUGCAGGUGGAUUUCUCCAGCGAGUGGAGCUCUGAGGAUAACACGGACACACACUCUGUGGAUUUACAGCAAAGUGUCUCAGCAGCAGACACUCGUUUGACAGGCAAGACCAUCCUGACUGGUGGCUACUUUCCUCAAGGCCCUGCUAUGAACAGCACUACAGCCUGAAUAAGACUACAACACGAACAGGACAACCUGCACUACAAAAGACAUUUUUAAGAAAGCAUUAGUCUAACGGCAUUUCACCAAGUGAUAAUCUCAGCGACUUUAUGUGUCCAGGGAACAUGAGGCCUCCGGUGAUCUAUAACUGUGAUUGAUGAUGUUUAAGCCAAAUAAAAAUCUGCUUUGACUGA